AUGAACUGCACCGUUUAUCUGGGCAACAAGCAAGCAUAUCAUGUGCUGCUGCUGCCGCCUCUGAAAUCCUCUUACCAUUUGGCAUUUGCCAAGCUUGUGUCUCCUGCCAUGGAGGAGGAGCGCAACAGCUACCACCUGCGUCCGUUGCAUCUCCUCUCCAUCGUCUUCCUCGGUUUCGCUUCCUUCUCGCAAUGCGGUGCAAGAGUGUUAACUCCAGAUGAGCUACUACUCGAUCGCUACCACUACUACCAAUCAUCUGAUCCAUACUACAGCACGCCGGUCCUGCCACCCUACGGCGACGCAUUUUCGCUACCCAACCCUCCUCCCUCCCCUCCCCCUCCUCCUCCGAUGUCCAACUGCCUCCUCCCUCCGACCGCACCAUCGCCGCCGUCCAUAAUUCCAGCACCGACAUUCACAUACAGUUCUCCGCCGCCACCGCCACUCUACUACCCUCCACCGUAUCUUAGCCCGUACCCGCCAGAUAUAAGCCCAACCCCGCCGCCAACCGUCACACCAUUACCACCGAUAGUCUAUCCAAGCCCACCAGAGAUCACGCCAAGCCCGCCAGAAAUUGCACCGUAUCCAAGCCCGCCUGAAGUUACACCUAGCCCACCGGAGAUUACACCGUAUCCAAGCCCGCCCGAAGUUGUGCCUAGCCCGCCGGAGAUCACACCGUAUCCAAGCCCACCUGAGGUUGUGCCUACUCCACCGGAGAUUACACCAUAUCCAAGUCCACCGACCGUGAUACCACUGCCACCGAUAAUCUACCCAAGCCCACCAGAAGUCACACCCAACCCACCGGAGAUCACACCAUAUCCAAGCCCACCCGAAGUCACGCCCAGUCCACCGGAGAUCACCCCGUAUCCAAGCCCGCCCGAAGUCACACCCAGCCCACCAGAGAUCAGCCCUUAUCCAAGCCCACCAGAAAUAACACCGAGCCCAAGCCCACCGGAAAUCUCACCGAGCCCACCUAGCUAUGAGCCCAGCCCGCCGAGUAUUGUGCCGAGCCCACCGGAGUACGCGCCGGAACCACCCACGUACGUCCCGAGCCCACCGGCUUACGUGGUGCCAGGCCCACCGGAGUACGCGCCGGAGCCGCCGGUGUACGCGCCGUAUCCACCAGGGAUCUUCCCGAGUCCACCGGAGUAUGCGCCGGAGCCGCCGUCAUACGUGCCAAGCCCACCGGAGUACGCGCCGGAGCCGCCGUCGUCAUACGUGCCAAGCCCACCGGGGUACGCGCCAGAGCCGCCUGUGUACGCGCCGUACCCACCGGGGAUCACCCCGAGCCCGCCGGAGUACGGGCCGGGGCCGCCUGGCGGCGGCGGGUACCUGCCGCCGAUGGUGUUCCCGCCGCCGUUCGCGUCGCGGACGCCGCCGAGGAGGCGCGCGGUGUGGUGCGUGGCGAAGCCGUCGGUGCCGGGGCCGAUCAUCCAGCAGGCGAUGGACUACGCGUGCGGGUCCGGCGCCGACUGCGACUCCAUCCAGCCGUCGGGGCCGUGCUUCCGGCCGAACAGCAUGAUCGCCCACGCCUCCUACGCCUUCAACAGCUACUGGCAGCGCGCCAAGUCCAACGGCGCCACCUGCGACUUCGGCGGCACCGCCAUGCUCAUCACCAAGGAUCCUAGUUAUGGUAGCUGCCACUACAGCAUGAUGUGAUAACGCCAAGAAAUGCAGGGUUUUGGAAGUUUAGCAGGAACCUCUAAAGUUUCAGGUGAAACUGAAAGAGGCACGAGAGGUACAGGUUGUUUUGAUGUUGCUAAGGGGGUUUAUUGCGGUUGAUCACUGAUUUUGUGUAGGGUAAAAGGGCUCAAUCGAUCUGUUCAGAAAGAGCCUUCUAACUUUUCCUUUUUGCACUUCUUAUUGUUUCGUAUUGUUCU